GAUGUAUAGAAGAGAGAGAGAGAUUUUGAAGAAGAAAAAAUCAAAAAAUUUGAUCCAAACAAAAUUUUAAAAUUUUUUCUCUAAAAUUAUAUCUUAAAAUACAAAUCAAACAAUCUCUCAAUCAACAAUGCUUUGGUGUGACUCCAUAUAGCUUGUUCAGCUCUCAAUGGACAUCCUGAAUACUUUGUUUCCAAGGAUCGCCGAUCCCAUAAAUGUAUUGAAGAAAGAUAAAAUUGAAUCGAUGUAUCGAAUUACUUCCUCAAGAACCCAAUUGAUGUCAUACACGCAACCACCACCUCUAGCGGAGAAGUUGACAGACGAUCUCGUAACACAAAAAACCGCUCAGAGCACCGUCACUUGCGUGUACCAGACCCAUAUCGGGGGUUAUUGGCGCAAUGUUACAGUUUUAUGGUGCAAGAACAUCAUGAACCAUUCGGUCACCAUUUCUGUCGAUAGUGUAGAAAGCGAUUAUCAUAAUUCUUGCAAGAUUGACCUCAAGCCUUGGCACUUCUGGAGCAAGAAAGGGUACAAGAUCUUUGACGUCGAUGGGAACCAGGUUGAGGUUUAUUGGGAUCUCCGCUCUGCUAAAUUCUCUGGUGGUCCGGAACCCUGUUCGGAUUUCUAUGUUGCUCUUGUUUCAGAGGAAGAGGUUGUGUUGUUGCUAGGGGAUUAUAGCAAGAAGGUUUACAAGAGAACCAAAUCAAAACCAGCCCUUGUUGAGGCUGUGUUGUUUUACAAGAAAGAGCAUGUGUUUAACAAGAAAUGUUUCUCAACGAGAGCAAGGUUCGAUCAGACGGUGAGUGAAGAGCAUGAAAUCGUCGUCGAGAGUUCGACAGCCGGGCCUAGAGAUCCAGAGAUGUGGAUAAGCAUAGAUGGGAUUGUGGUGAUACAUAUCCGGAACUUGCAGUGGAAAUUCAGGGGUAAUGAGACCGUCAUGGUUAACAAGCUGCCAGUCCAGGUUUUGUGGGAUGUGCAUGCCUGGCUGUUUUGCAUCCCUGGCUCUGGCCAUGGCUUGUUCAUAUUCAAGCCAGGUGCACCAGAAUCGGAUAGUGACAAAGAGGAGAGCAGCCGAGGUGGUGACAGUGAUUGCAGUAGUAGCAACAGCAGGUAUUACUCAACUCUCAGCCAUUCAAAAGCAUCAGAAUUCUGCCUUUUUCUGUAUGCCUGGAAGCUCGAAUGAAUCGGUAUCCUCAUUUGGCAAUGGCUCCAGACCUGUACAAACCAGUAUCGGUAUGUAUCCUUGGGGUGUGUAUGGAUCAAAUGGUUGCACCAACACAAGACUACAAAGUGUACAGUAUGUUGUGAGAACCAAGAAAGACAUUGGCACCACAUAUUGUAAUCAAUGCAUUGUUGUAAUUAUUCCCAUAGGAAUAGAAUUGUUUCUCACA